AUAUAAGAUCGUAAAACAAACUAGAUAGACAAGACAUUAAUCACGAUUUAAUCAUGACUUUUUCAUCUCUUUACUCGGGGAAGCUUGUGCUUGCACCAAUGGUUCGGAGUGGUGAGAUACCUACCAGAUUGAUGGCCCUUAAAUAUGGUGCCGAUUUGGUAUGGAGUCCAGAAAUCGUAGACAAGAAACUUAUCAAGUGUGAACGUGUAGUGAAUGAACCUUUGGGAACCAUAGAUUAUUUGGAAAAGGGGGGAAACACCAAGUUUCCAGGGAAAUCAAACUUGGUCUUCCGUACUUUACCACGCAAGGAAAAGGGUAAGCUCAUUUUCCAAUUAGGUACUGCCAAUCCAGAACUCGCAGUUAAGGCAGCUAAGAUUGUUGCUGGGGAUGUAGAUGGGAUAGAUUUGAAUGCUGGGUGUCCCAAGCCAUUUUCAACCCACUCUGGAAUGGGUGCUGCCCUUCUCAGUACUCCAGAUCUCUUGGAGUCCAUCUUGAAGGAACUUGUGACCAAUGUGGGGGAUCUGUAUAAGAUUCCAAUCAGUGUGAAAAUAAGACUUUUAGAUGAUAAAGAUUCCAAGCCAACGGUGGAUUUGGUUCAUCGUCUAUGUAAGACGGGGAUUUCAAAUUUGACUUUACAUUGUCGUACGCGAGACAUGCGUAAUCGUCAACUGCCCAUCAGGACAUUCCUUCCAGAUAUAAUAGAAGCAUGUAGAUCUCACAAGGUUAAUUUCAUAAUCAAUGGAGCUCUCCGUAACCGUGUGGAAUUUGAAGAGUUCCAAAAUACUUAUGGUGAGGACAUUGGGGGUAUGAUUGCCGAAGGUGCUGAAUGUAAUCCAACUUGUUUCAGUCACAAGCCUUUACCUUGGAAUCAAGUCAUUCCUGAAUUCAUUUCUAUUGCCCAAUCAGUGGAUAACUAUCCUGGGAACACAAAAUAUAUCCUUCUUAAUCAACUCCCAGGCAAGUCUCCAUUCUAUCAAAAGUUUGCCCAAUGUAAAUCUCAUGAACAAUUAAUGGAAAUUUCUAAUACAGUUGGAGAAGUUGGUAAUAAGGUACUUCAAAAAUAUUUAACCAAGGAUGUGUUAUUAAAUCCAGAACAAGAACAAACCGAUGAACCAACGAAAUCAUCACCAGAAUCAAAGCGUGGCACCGAACAUUUAGACAGUUUCCCACAAAAGAAACAAAAAUUAGAAGCCACCCAAGUGGCGUAAUUGAAAAAGGGAGAGUGGAAAAAGGAUAAACAUAUCUAUCAUACAAUAUUCAUUAAACCUCUUUAUUUACUCUAUAUACAGAUUGAGGUCUCAAACACUGUGUUGUAUGUCUCCACCACCAUCUAGACAGCCAGUUACUUAGAAAACAUCAACCGCUAGCCAACCAAUUUAAUAUUAAUCAUUCAUUCUUCACUUCUCCUCGUGUACUUUUUUUCUUUUAUUUAAAAGCCUUUUGUCAAAC